UGGAGAGUUACGGACGACGAGAGAAUAAACAAAAUAUAGUCACCCGCUGUCGAUCUCACCGUCGAGGUCUGUAAGUGUCACUACAGUUCUCCCUAAGUCGACCGUCGCUGUGUUCAAAUGACUUCGCGCUUCACAUACGCCUUCUUCCGCGUCUUUGCCAGCAUGCUGCCAGUGCGCCCUCGUGCACCUAUCGUUGUCGCUCAUCGCUUCUGAGGACAGCCUUCUCUGCUUGACUGAAUCCUGAUACAGUACCAUGCAUCUGUGAUAAUAUAUAUCCCUCCGGGGCUGUGAAUGCGCGACAGUGCAUGUGAGGUGCAUGUAUCGUGAGCGUCCUAGAGUCAUCAGUGUUCGAAAUGACCCGGUCAUGUCGAGGGUCAUGACCGUCAUGACUUUUUUGACCCAGGUCACAUGUCGUCAUCAUGCCAGUUGGUAUCAAUUCGCUCGGCAGCGGAAGUACAACGUGGAUAAGGAAGAGAUUGUCAUAGUCCAUGGUUGGGUCAAAACACGAAGCUGGACUGCAGCAGCCUUUAGAGGAGAAGGCGCUUCGCUUGAAUUGAAGAUCAGUACGAAGCAAAUUCCCCACGUCAAUCUUGCCUUGGAUGUCAUGUCCUCGCGUACUAUAUCGCAAACUCCAGAGCAUCGGUCGGGUCGUACCGUUGGGUACUCUGAGGGGGAGAUGGCUGAUGCUUCUGAACCACUUCCGGACCAAUGUGUUUUCCUUCGAUACCAUAAAAUCAAGUACAGGCUUGGCAUCUUUCCUGGCAUGAAGAUGGCAGGGAACGCAGAGCCCCGUGACAAUUUUGAUAUGCACGAUGGCCCAGAUAAUGGGGUUGGAGAAGUGGUCUCAUCUUACGACGUAGAGAUUGUUCCUGGACAAACCAAGUCUCGCACGCUUAUCGACGAUGUCUUGGAGUACUUGCUCGAGCAUUCCGACGCAGACAUCGCAGUCUCGAACGACGAGGAUGUUCAAUGGCUCCGCGAGGUGUACAAUUUCGGAGAUGGUGCUCGAGGAAUACUACAAGAAAUUUGUCCUCUUCUCGAGAUCACUACAUCUGGCGCUGCGGUUUUGACCCGCAAGCCGAAGACGAUCACCGCUCGUGAUGACUCAAACAUAUCCUUCAUGGAUCACUCCUCUCAAUCGAGGCAGGCGCAACUAGAUUUACUUGAAGAAAGACUGGAGGUCGAAUCCUGUCCUCCUCUCGAUCCUGCAUUCGUGACGGCCUUCUCGGCUGAAUAUAAUUCAAGGACUCAAGCAAAUACCUCGACAGAUGUGGAACAUACCGUUAACACCGUAUUAUCCGAGCUUGCCACGCCAGCAGAGGAUGACACCGAUGCCUUUUCGGGUCUAUUCUCUAAUACAGACCCUAGUCUGACAAGUUCAACCACGGACACCAUGGUUGAGACUCCCGUCGACUAUAGUCUACUAAAACCUUGGCAUAUAGGCUCCUAUUCCGACUAUGCAGCUGCACCAUACUCUCCUCCGGAUAGUGUGAUAGGUAACGCUCUAGGCCCAGCCCUUCCUCUUUCCUUACAAAUUCCAGCUACUGCCUCACAAAAUCCAGCUCCAUUUCCCUCACCAAUUUCAGCUCGCCUUCCCUCGCAACUUCGAGCUCAGCUUCCCUCACCAAUUCUAGUUCGCAGUGUGUUAGAGAUUGCGAGGCAAUUUCCUCAUGCAGACCUUCUCAUUCCCCAAUCAGACUAUCACCCACACACUCAGAGCUACCGACGCCGGUAUGUGGAAGAAGUACAACUUGAAGACGCCAUCAUGUUCUACUCAAACCCCGAUCAAUGUGGCAUUUCUUGUCGCGAUGCUCUGGACAACAAGUUCAUGCAUCUGCAAAAUCGCGAUGAUCAGAUGUUCACUAAUAGGGGACCUAGCGUCGCUAUUCGGCUUAUGUGGCCUGGUUAUGCUCCCUGGAGUCGGCAAAUUCCUACUCGGGACUUCCGCAAUCCUCCAGGACCUAUCACUCGUGCCAAGCUGGCGAAGAAUGUUGCAAAGACAGUACAACGAUUCAUCGAUGACAUGGCUGACAGGCCUAUGGAGGAUGAGGCCGAUGUCCGUUGGCGUGUUGGUCCUGGACAUAUCACUAUCGAUAGGCUGGAUCUUGUUGGACUUCAGCACGUUUCUGCCGGGAGCUGGCAGGCUCAUGUCCGUUUACGGAUGUAGAGCAUGCCAUUGUCGUCCACGAUCAGUCAUCUGUAAUAACACCGCCCGAGCUUUCGCAUAUCAGGAAUCUAUAAGCCUUCCUUUACUAGUCCCACAAUCCGACAUUCUGUAUUUGCUUCAUCUUGAUACUCUGACCUGUCGACCAGUGAGUGCUUGUAAUAUUGGACUAACACUCUUGGUAUAUUCUUGUCUGUGAAGGAAGUAGUGUUUCUAUGGCCGCAUCCGCAACACGAUUCUGAUGAAAUCUCUGAGAUGUUACUCUGAAUCGAUACCGCAUGUAACUGCGCACUAAAUGUCCGACGCUAAUUAGUGAUAGAUGCGCAACGUUGUGCCGAACUCAAUGCGAUCUACAUCUCACACACCCGGC